ACGGACGGUCAGUCAGAGAGGACUAUUCAGACGCUUGAGGAUAUGCUUCGCGCUUUGGUUGUUGACAGGGGUGCUAAGUGGGAGUCACUGUUGCCGUACGCUGAAUUCGCGUAUAACAACAGCUCUCAUUCCUCUAUUCAGAUGGCUCCUUACGAGGCACUUUAUGGUCGUAAGUGUCGUUCCCCUCUCUAUUGGGACGACGUUGGAGAGCGGCGAGUACUCGGUCCUAAGAUGAUCGAGGAGACAGCAGAACAGGUCGAGUUGAUCCGGCAGAGACUCAGGACAGCUCAGAGUCGACAGAAAUCUUCCGCCGAUCAUCAUCGACGAGACAUUCAGUUCGAGGUUGGCGAGCCAGCCUUUCUCAAGGUUCGUCCGAUUCGCGGAGUCGUACGAUUCGGAAAGAGAGGGAAGCUACACCCUCGAUUCAUCGGUCUGUUCGAGGUUCUCGAACGAGUAGGCGAGGUCGCGAAUCGUCUAGCCCUACCUCCCGAGUUAUCAGGCAUUCAUAAUAUAUUCCAUGCAUCGAUGUUACGUAAGUACGUGUGCGACCCCGAUCAUGUCAUCCCGCAUACGGAUAUUCAGGUUCAGCCAGAUCUAUCGUACGAGGAGCGACCGGUAGCUGUACUAGACCGUCAGGUUCGUCGGCUCCGGAAGCGAGACAUUCCCCUCGUGCGAAUUCAGUGGGAUCUCCACGGAGCUACUUGGGAGGAGGA